CACAGUAGACAGAAGGCUGGUACCUCUGUGUCAGGCAAGCAUGAAGUUGGUUGCUGUAACUUUCUGUGUUCUCUGCUUUCAGUUUGAAGCCCUGUAUGGAGUUGAGAGCUGCUCGUCAAGACCAUGCAAAAAUAUAGAUCAGCCUCAUGUCUCUGACCCCCAAGUGAUGGUGGAAUUUGAAAAUGGAAACUUCAAGUUCACAUUCCCCAACCCCAAAAAUGUGAGCGAGUUCAGCAUGACCCUCUUCAAAGGGCAUGAAAAGAAGGAGAUCUGUGCACUUCAUUUGAGUGAGGAGAAAGUUAUCCCCAAGAGUAAUGUCAUCUACUGUCAGACAGAGCACUCAAAUAGCAGCACCACUUUCAUUCUUAAAAAUCUGGAAAGAAAGCAUAUCGACAUUUAUACCUACUGCCUGGAGAUGUUCUUACCCCCUCCUUAUAUAGAUUGCCGGCUGAAAGAAACCUAUUUGUAUAUCCAAGAUAAGGAAGACUGCAUUUCACUGGGACUCAUGUCAUGGAUAAUUAUUGGUUUGAUCAUGUUUGCCAUGAUUUCCUGUGUCUGCUGUGUUGUAGCCUGUUGCUUAAGGAACAAGAAACAGCAGUGUGAAUCCAACUCCCAUGAGUACAACAGUGAAUACAUGCCCAUGGCAGCAGUGAAUGCAGCUAAAAAACCAAGAAUCUGAGGUACAAGUUGCCUGUGGCAUGGAAAUUCUGGCAGCAGAGCUUUCCAGCUACUUGAACCUGGACAAUGGGAAAUCAGCUUUUCCUCACGUUUCCCAGCCUCCCUGAGCUCUCCUGAUGGUCCUGUGCUCAGUGAUGAGACACCCACUCCUGACCUGUGUUUUGCCCUAGCCUUGAGUGUUAACUGGCACACUGCCUGAUCCACUGACUUGUACAUGAAGUGCUAACAAUGUGUUAAAGAUGUCAGCUUUUAGUUGAAGAAAAUUUAGUGAGUUUGCUUGAGAGUAGAUUCCUGUAGUGCUGCUACAGAGGGAACUUUUAUUUUCUACAGUCUCCUUUAUGAUAAACUUUCCACUGGGGACAAAAAAAACAGACUACCUCCAACGCCAAUCCUUGUGGCACAGCCAUGAAGCACUGUCGAUGUAUUGCACAUGCCCUUUUGUUAGGGCUAGUUUAGCCUGAUGUUAUCAAUACAUCCUUAGAUUCACUGUCAAACUUCUUAGCACCACACUAGGAGAGUGUGGUAUGCACACAUGCUCUCCUGCACCAAGCUGUGGGACAGCAGGGGAACAAAGCCUGUGAGAGCACAGCAGAGUCUUCACUGUGACACAAUACCUCAGGUGUGCACAUCUGUAUUUUUUGUAUUUGUGCUAUUAAUGCAUCUUUGCCAUUCACACCUUGGGGCUCCACUUAUUUAAUUAAAUUCUGAAUUGUUUUACUAACAGAGGAAUAUAUUACUUUCAAGAUUGCAAUUAUUCUUUAAAUCUGUUCAAAGCUGCAGGAUCAGUCCCUAAAUCAGGAGGCACAAUCUCUCCUAUUCACAUCUUGCAGCACAAACACAACACAGUCUAUAAGGCCAGUGUAUUCAUGGACUCUGCAUUGCAAUUAUCUUCCUCUUGUAGUUUGACAUGAAACCUUUACCACUUCCCCAGUCAGUAUAGGGGUUACUUGACCUGCCUCAAAUUGCUCAGAGCCUUCAGUAUGAAUGAAAUGAUCAAUCCUUCAUGCUCCUUGUGAAAUCCAUCAAAACUCUGACCAAAAAUGACCAACUGUGAAUCCAGCCUGGAUAUGGUGCCAGACACCAUUUGGCUGCUGGAAGCAGAGCGGCGCGUUGAUUCUGAGUCUCUCUGUAAUUCAUCGAAAAAACAAAUAUUGGUCAGAGGAGACUAUUGUGAAAGGUACAUAGCCUGCUUGUCUGGCAAACAGAAGGCUGGUUUCAAAUUUGAUAGUGCAAACAGGGACUGUCAGGCACGAAGAGGACAUAAGCUGAUAUAUCGAGAACAGGGUUUUCCUCAACAAACACCUAAGUACAUAGAAGUAUUGCAGAGAGAAGGUGCAAAUUGUUAACUGUGACAUUAAGCAAAGGGGAAAUGAAUAAACCAUCGAAUGAAGCGGGGACUGCCAGUUUCACAGCCCGUACCCUGCUUAGAUAACCAGCUCCUAGGCAGAGAUGUAGAGGGGCACCCUGGUGCAUUGGGUAACAUUACAUUCCCUCCUGUUGUUCUGCCACAUAACAUUUGCCAAAUUACUUGACCUCCCCAGCAAAAAAACCUCUCCUCUGUACAUCCACAAAUACACUGAUUUCACCAUUUAAAAAAUACUGGUGAAAUUAUUGCCUUUGAAAAUCAUUGCCUUUGACAUUUAUUGCCUUUGAAAAUUAUUGGUGAAAAUAGCUAACCUCUACUGCCUAUGAGAAAUGCUGGAUGCAAGAUCAUAUGUAACAGUGGAGAGUCCUAUCCCCUGGAACCUUUUACCAGACUGAGAAGGAAAUUCAAGGAACAAAGAGUUUCUGAAAGAAGGAAAAACCUGAGGUUUGCCUUGAGAUGCUGCUGGAUAAAUGACAAAUGAUGAAAGUCUGGACUAGGUGGUUCAAAAUACAUACAUUCUACUCUAGAGAGAGAAAUGAUUCAUACUUAUUGUAACAAAGCUUUUGGAAGUCUUAGGUUCCAUCACUGCUUUCUUUUUGGAAAAAGAGAAUUUUAUUCUUAAUGAAACAUUUUUUUGUUAUGCCA